UUACAGUGUUGUGUACUGUGUGUGUUUAUUGCAGUGUUGUGUACUGUGUGUGUUUAUUGCAGUGUUGUGUACUGUGUGUGUUUAUUGCAGUGUUGUGUACUGUGUGUGUUUAUUGCAGUGUUGUGUACUGUGUGUGUUUAUUACAGUGUUGUGUACUGUGUGUGUUUAUUACAGUGUUGUGUACUGUGUGUGUUUAUUACAGUGUUGUGUACUGUGUGUGUUUAUUGCAGUGUUGUGUACUGUGUGUGUUUAUUGCAGUGUUGUGUACUGUGUGUGUUUAUUACAGUGUUGUGUACUGUGUGUGUUUAUUGCAGUGUUGUGUACUGUGUGUGUUUAUUACAGUGUUGUGUACUGUGUGUGUUUAUUACAGUGUUGUGUACUGUGUGUGUUUAUUGCAGUGUUGUGUACUGUGUGUGUUUAUUACAGUGUUGUGUACUGUGUGUGUUUAUUACAGUGUUGUGUACUGUGUGUGUUUAUUGCAGUGUUGUGUACUGUGUGUGUUUAUUGCAGUGUUGUGUACUGUGUGUGUUUAUUACAGUGUUGUGUACUGUGUGUGUUUAUUGCAGUGUUGUGUACUGUGUGUGUUUAUUAACACGUUAUUACAGGAAAACAUGUUCAUGAUGAAGAUCUCUGUCAUCCUCGCCAUCUCCGUCCUCACCGUCUGUCACCUGUACAGCUCACACGCAGCACCGCUCAGACCUGCAUUAGACUCUCUAUCAGACCGAGUGGUUCUGAGUGAUUAUGAAGCUCGCAGGUUACUGAACGCCAUCGUUAAAGAGUUUGUGCAGAUGACGGUGGAGGAAUUGGAUCAGAGGACUGACAGUAACAGCAGUGUAGCAGUGCAGAAGCGAGCGUGUAACACUGCGACGUGUGUCACACACCGGUUGGCGGACAUCCUGAGUCGUUCAGGUGGAGUGAGCAGGAGCAGUUUCUUUCCCACCAACGUGGGCCCAGACGCCUUCGGGCGGCGCCGGAGAAAUGGACACGCCUGAUCCGCAGUACACAGAACACCAGGCAUCGCUGCAUUAUGUCUGAUUGGAGGAAAUACCACCACACCUACACUAAAACUACAACCUGAACAACUGUGUGUGUGUGUGUGUGUGUGUGUGCGCGUGCGCAGAUGCUUCUAACAACUGCUAUCUCUAACUCUUCCCUUCUUCUUGCUAAACAAAACUCUGAAUAAAUGCUCGCUUUCCGCUUCAUGAGGAAUUUGAUUUUUAUAUGAAAAUCAUUUGAAAUAAAAAAGAAAUAAAAUAGCAGGG